GCUGUAUAGCGUGCCACAGCUCGAUUUUGACACGUCGAAAUCUUGAAUAACUUGCACAAAGAAGCUGGUGCAGCGCUUCUCAAUUCGACGACUUGAUGUGUAAGGCGUGAGGAAUCCAACUAUCGCGAAGCUCGACCACCUGAAUUAUUAUCCAGAUUUGGCAGUAAGCAGCAGCUCACAUCUGGCCUGGAAGCGCUAGUGAAACCUCGAAAAGGAUGAGCUCUAAACAAGUCUACUCUCAGAACAUUGGUUACAUGUGGAUGUCCGUUUGGAAGGAUGAGGUUAGUGUUGUGGAGUUGGUAGCAUUGUGGGUUGGAAGGAUGAGGUUGGUAUUCUGGAGUUGGUAGCAUUGUGUGUUUGGAAGGAUGCAGUUAGUGUUCUGGAGUUGGUAGCAUUAUGGGUUUGGUGUCUGAUCGAGUGUGCCUGUGUGGACUGAUUUUAAAACUUGCACAUCGAGGUUUCCACCUUUGAAAAUGUAGUUUGGGAUGGCUUGGUUCUUGACGUGAGUAGGUCUCCAUUAUGUUGUUUUGAAUCGUUCUAAUAAUUUCUGCAUAUAAAUUUUCUUGUUCGUGUGUGUUCGUUCCCUGAAUUUGGGCAGGAGUUUGAAUUCCCAGCAGGUUUCGUGAAUUGGUCAGGUUGACCUGGGUUCUCAACGGGUGGGUAGUUUACGUUGCUCAGCGGAUUCGGUGGAUAGAUCUUACUUAAAGAAGAGGAGCUUUGUGGCCGCUCAAUAGAACUGGUUAUAAAUGAUCGAGGACCAAUUGCGUGACUUCGGUAUGUCGUGUAGGCUAGGAAGCGGGAGAAAUUUCUGAACGACGGUGAUCUUUGAGCUCCAGUUUCUAAGUGAGAAAAUUUUGAGAAGGUGCUUCAAUUUAGUUCUGGAAGAGAUUUUCACACGCAGACAGAUAGCCGUAGAAUUUACAGAAUGGAGAUGGCCAAGGGAAUGGCCAGGUGGUUAACAAAACAAUCGGGAUCCAUGGACCGCACAACUCCUGCCCCGCCUCCCGGCAUCGUCUCAAACUCCUCGCAUUACUCUCCAAGCAAUUCUUUCCAGGAUGAGUCAUCGAGAGGAAGUUUUCAGCACUCUGGACCUUAUACUGAUCAACCAUACCCACCCAGUCCACAACCCUCGCCUUAUGUUGUGUCUCCUUCACAACCUCCUCCGUCUUUUUACAAAUCCUCUGCGCACGAAUCUUCUCAAGAAAAAUCCAUGUACCCACCACCACAUGGGGCUUACACGCCAAAUGCUCCGCCCCAAAUGGGCUCCUCUGCUCAUGGCUUCGGUCCUUCUUACGAGCAAGUUGCUGAUGCAUCUGUUCCGUAUCCUCCCCAACAAUAUGGAGUCGGACCGCACUCUGGCCGCAAUACAGAUUCAAAUGGAUUGGCCCGCUUAUCUAUGGAUGCAACUCAGGUCCACAGCGGUCCAACAACAAGCUACCUGCUGCACGGAUCCCUCGAGGUCACAAUCUUCGAGGCCGUGAACUUGCCAAACAUGGACAUGUUCUCUGAGAAAGUCCGCCGGUUUGCUCACAACAACUUGCCCAGUUCCCUUGAAAAACUCAAGAAAACAGCGCAUCUGCAUGGUCCGAGUACUGUCAUCACCAGCGACCCUUACACGGUAGUGGUGCUCGCUGGUGCAAGGGUAGCUCGCACUCGAGUGAUAAACAACGACUCGAACCCUAAGUGGAAUGAGCACUUUCUUGUCCCAGUUGCGCACCAAAUCUGCAAUAUUGUUUUUGUUGUUAAGGACCAGGAUGUGAUGGGUUCAGAGUACAUCGGAGAGGUCAGAAUUCCUGCCUGGUUGGUGAUCAACGGCGGCGUCGUCAAUGAUUGGUUCGAUCUACUCGACAAAGAAGGCAAGCCUUGCCAUGAGGGCACUAGACUCCGCAUCUUCACACGGUACAUUCCCGUUGAGGCAAACCCGAUCUACACUCAGGGGGCGGGAGGCACAUAUGGGGUGCCCAACACUUAUUUUCCUCUGAGAAAAGGAUGCCGAGUGACGCUCUACCAGGACGCCCACGUCUACGAUAACUCUCUGUCAAACAUUAUGCUUGAUAGUGGGAUGCAUUAUUCCCAUGGACAUUGUUGGGAAGACAUUUGUACCGCCAUCAACGAUGCUCGGCACUUGGUGUACAUAGCCGGAUGGUCAGUAUACCACAAGAUUACUCUGGUGCGUGAUGAAAACCGUCCGCUGUCGGAAUUGAGUAAUUUGACGUUAGGGGAGCUGUUGAAGAAGAAAGCAAGCCAGAAGGUGCGAGUGUUGAUGUUGGUUUGGGAUGACAAAUCUUCCCACGACCUUCCUUUUCUCAAAACGAGCGGUCUUAUGAAUACACACGACGAAGAAACCAAGAGGUUUUUCAAGGAUACAGGAGUGAGGUGUAUUUUAGCUCCUCGAUAUGGUGCAAGCAAAACGACUUGGUUCCGGCAACGGGUGGUUGGAUCACUAUACUCGCAUCACCAGAAGACCGUCAUUGUUGAUAGUGGACCAAAUGAACAAAGGAGAUUGACCUCUUUUAUUGGAGGUCUGGACCUGACAGGAGGGCGAUGGGAUACGCCUUGUCAUUACCCUUUUGCGUCAUUAGAGAAGGAGCAUAAGCACGACUUUCGCCAAAAGUCUUGGGCGCAUGGACACAUUGAAAGUGGUGGUCCCAGAGAACCUUGGCAUGACUGGCAUUGCAAAAUUGAAGGUCAUGCCGCCUAUGAUGUUCUUACCAAUUUUGAGCAGCGGUGGAGAAAAGCCACUACAAGACAUGAUGAAGAGUUAAUAGACUUUGACAAACAUGAUGGACUUUUUAGUCCCUUAAAUCGAACUCCUGAUGCUGGUGAUCCUGCCCUUUUUGUGAGCAGUGAUCAGGACCCGGAAACAUGGCAUGUGCAGUUAUUUAGGUCUAUCGACGCAGGGUCUGUGAAGGGAUUUCCAACCACCGUUGAGGAGGUUCAGAAAGAGAAUCUCGUGUGGGGAAAAAGUGUUGCCAUAGACAUAAGCAUUCAGAUGGCGUACAUCAAAGCAAUACGUUCAGCUCAGCAUUUCAUUUACAUUGAGAAUCAAUACUUUUUGGGAUCUUCAUACAAGUGGCCAGAUUAUCCUACUGCUGGUGCCAACCAUGUCAUUCCAAUGGAGCUGGCACUGAAGAUCUGCAGUAAGAUAAGAGAAGGCAAGAGGUUUGCAGUGUACGUGGUAAUUCCUAUGUGGCCCGAAGGUAUCCCCGACAGUGGUCCUGUUCAAGAAAUUCUUUUCUUUCAGUCACAAACUAUGAAGAUGAUGUAUGCCACGAUUGUAGAGACCAUAAGAGAAUGCGGACUUACACAAGCAAAGCCUACUGACUAUCUGAAUUUCUAUUGUCUCGGGACUAGAGAGACUCAAAAACCUGGGGAAAUUGUCCCUCUCGAACUACCAGAUAAUAACUCUCCGCAUGGACUUGCCCAAAUUAGCAGACGUAUGAUGAUAUACGUGCAUGCCAAAGGAAUGAUUGUGGACGAUGAGUUGGUGAUAUUAGGAUCUGCCAACAUAAAUCAGAGAUCUAUGGACGGAUCGAGAGACACGGAGAUUGCCAUGGGUGGAUAUCAACCAUACCACACAUGGGUUCAGAAACAUGGGCAUCCACGGGGCCAGGUUUAUGGCUACCGGAUGGCCCUGUGGGCAGAGCAUCUAGGAUUUUUGGAGCCUACAUUUGAGGAACCUGAGAGACUGGACUGCGUGCAAAGGAUUAACUACAUUGCAGACAUGAACUGGGAGCAAUAUGCGGCCCCCCAAGUAACGGACAUGAGGGGUCACCUAAUCCGUUACCCACUUAGAGUAGAAGACAAUGGGACCGUGACGAAUUUGCUGGGGUACGAGACCUUUCCUGAUGUGGGUGGCAAGAUCAUGGGUACCAAUCAGCCUAAUAUUCCAGACGACCUCACCUCGUAGUAAAAUUGUAUGCAUAUUACCUGUUAUCCAUGGAACUUGUUUCAGUUGUCAUUUUGAGAAUUAGAUAUUAGAAUGCCCGGAGAUGAUGUCCUCAUACCAGUAGAUGCAGAGGCAGGAUUUGGAAUCCCCAGUGUAGUGUAUGCAAUCAGGAAGGUUUUAGAAGAGUUUCUGUUUUCUGAUACUUGACUACAUGUGUAUAGUAGAUAUUAGGAUGUUGUCUGUACAGCCAUUUCGACCGAGAUUUUUACAUACCAUAGGUAGAUUUCAUUCUCAUGCAUGUGAUAAACGUCACAUGAGGGUUAAUGCCAAACCCCUUCGCAGAGGCCCGUGGGUUUGUGUAUACGAACAAUUUUGAUCCUUAUUGUGGGGGUGGAUAUUUAAUAUUAUCACAAAGAAGUGUUAUUCUUCAAGUUGAGCGA